UCUACCAUUGCUGUCUAUCUCUACUCUUGAGGAGCCAUGCCUGAGCCAUCUAAAUCUGCACCAGCCCCUAAGAAAGGGUCUAAGAAAGCUAUCUCUAAAGCUCAGAAAAAGGAUGGAAAGAAGCGCAAGCGCAGCCGCAAGGAGAGCUACUCGGUGUAUGUGUACAAGGUGCUGAAGCAAGUGCACCCCGACACGGGCAUCUCCUCCAAGGCCAUGGGCAUCAUGAACUCGUUCGUGAACGACAUCUUCGAGCGCAUCGCGGGCGAGGCGUCGCGCCUGGCGCAUUACAACAAGCGCUCGACCAUCACGUCCCGGAGAUCCAGACGGCCGUGCGCCUGCUGCUGCCCGGGGAGCUGGCCAAGCACGCUGUGUCCGAGGGCACCAAGGCCGUCACCAAGUACACCAGCUCCAAGUCCUACUCUAGUCCUUCUGUUUUGCUUGUUAUCCUUAGUGAUAGCAGUAGUAAUGUCUGGACGCGGCAAGCAAGGCGGCAAGGCUCGCGCCAAGGCCAAGACCCGCUCGUCCCGCGCCGGCCUGCAGUUCCCCGUGGGCCGCGUGCACCGGCUGCUCCGCAAGGGCAACUACUCGGAGCGCGUGGGCGCCGGCGCCCCGGUGUACCUGGCGGCCGUGCUGGAGUACCUGACGGCCGAGAUCCUGGAGCUGGCGGGCAACGCGGCCCGCGACAACAAGAAGACGCGCAUCAUCCCGCGCCACCUGCAGCUGGCCAUCCGCAACGACGAGGAGCUCAACAAGCUGCUGGGCCGCGUCACCAUCGCGCAGGGCGGUGUCCUGCCCAACAUCCAGGCCGUGCUGCUGCCCAAGAAGACCGAGAGCCACCACAAGGCCAAGGGAAAAUAAGCUCGGUUUUCUUUCUGUCCCCUGGGAAGUUAUCCAAAACAAAGGCUCUUUUCAGAGCCACCCACAUUUUUCCAAAAA